AUGUCACAAUCGCUACGUCCGUAUCUAACGGCUGUUCGCUAUUCCCUGGAAGCUGCGUUGACUUUGAGCAAUUUCUCUUCGCAAGAAGUGGAGAGGCAUAACAGGCCGGAAGUUGAAGUACCUAACACUAGCGCCGAAUUGUUGCUCCAACCGAUGCAUAUAUCUCGUAAUGAAAAUGAGCAGGUGUUGAUUGAGCCCAGUGUGAACUCGGUGCGUAUGAGUUUGAUGGUGAAACAGGCAGACGAAAUUGAGCAGAUUUUAGUUCAUAAGUUUACUAGAUUUUUGGAACAGCGUGCCGAAGCAUUUUACAUCCUGAGACGUGUCCCAAUACCUGGCUACAGUAUUUCUUUUCUAAUAACCAAUAAGCAUACUGAAUCAAUGAAAACUGGGAAGUUGGUUGAUUUUAUUAUUGAAUUCAUGGAGGACGUGGAUAAGGAAAUUAGUGAAAUCAAAUUGUUCUUGAAUGCCAGAGCAAGAUUUGUUGCGGAAGCAUACCUUGAUGAAUUUGUCUAUUAA